AUGGACCUGACUCAAAAGAUUCUCGUAUUCUCGAAAUACGAAUACGAAGAAUGUCUGAAAGGUCCUGACGCAAAGAAGCUUAUGCCGAUAGACGAAGUUCCAGGGAAUGUUGAAGUCGGCUCCAUUGUCGCUAGAACCAUAAUCUUGGAGCAGGUUGGUGCUGAACCAAAGGGUUUGUCGAUAUGCUUCGAAGAGUAG